CACGGUCACAAUACAGUAAAACAAAGUCACAUGCUGCAAUGAGCCCUCCACCCGCAGAGAUCCCGCUCCCAUCCAACCCUUUUAAUGAAGCAGGAAUCCACAGAGCCUACUCGUUAUGUCUCGCUGUAGAAAGCUUCGAAGGCUGGGGCCUUCAGCACGCAGGCGUCACAACCACUCGGCCCCAAUCGGUGGAUCCUCUUGAAAAAUGGGCCCCUCUAGUUGUCGGCAGAUGUCUGGGCUAUGCCCUCAUCGAGGCACCCACCGUUACGGGAAGAAGAAACCUGGCACAAGAUAUCAAUGCCUGUAUUAAAGAAGAAUCUGGAGAAAACGAUUACGCCGCUCUCGCAUCGCUGACCCAACUUUACGUUGCAGGAAUGAUUCGAUUGUUUCGCAAUGCAAAAGGCCCUAUACCAACUCCAAUGAUAUCGCACUCCCCACGAAGAUCUCUUGCGAUUUUGGCUCACGACAUUGAAGUCGCGUUAGUCGAACCUCAUAAGUCUGCAAAUGCUAAGCUUAUUGCUCUCGAACGGGAUGGCUUCAGCUGUGUCAUUACGGGAUCUAUUGACAUCGAUUCCGCGAAAAAGGGUUAUGUCCAGUUCCCGCCAGCUGGGAAACAGUGGGGCCUCACGCAGGUUGCACAUAUCUUUGGGGAAACAAACGACGAAAACAUACUUGGGGAAGGUUGUACAGUAAAGCGCGAGUGGGCAUCAACUGCGGCAGCCCUCGUUGAACGAUACGCGGAGAUUUCUAUUCGUGAAGAACUCAAUGGAUCAAAUAUCCACCGUGCUGCCAACAUAUUCACGCUCGGGACGGGAGUUCACGGGCUCUUCGAUUCUCUCUAUAUUUCGCUUGAGCCUGUCAAGGGUAAUUUGCACACAUAUAAUCUCCACACGUACCCGGCAAACAUACACGAUAGAUACCCUGUUCCUGAACAGGUCAGGUUUGUUGACCACGGCGAGAACAACACCGAAUUGCCAGAUCCUCGCUAUCUACAGCUCCACCACGUCUGUGCCAAGGUCCUUCGCCUUUCGGGUGCUGCAGAGGUUAUUGAGACAUUCGAGAGGGACAUGGAACAGCUGGAGGUUCUUGCAACGGAUGGAUCAUCGGCUAAAUACCUGAGCGAGGCACUAUCUGGUGCUCUCUCCCAGACUACCGCGGUGCACUGAGUGAAGUGUUGGGAGUGCCCAGUAGUGGGCCUGCCAAAAUAAAGUACCAAGCUUGAACUGGUGCUUUUUGUUUACCAUAAGAGUACCCUAAUACAAGAUACUAUGAGUAUUCGGCUCAUGGGAGCUUAUAACUAUUAAACUGGUUCAAUAGACUGUGACAGGACCGUUGAGCAAGCGUCACACCUCCUUCAC